GGGAGGACUAAAAGAUCCAACAACCCGCCCAAAGGGUGAUGAAGGCUGCGGUGGCGGUGCGUCUUCAAUAGCUGGGCCCCAAAGUUGCAUGGCGAGACGAAACCGACCGAGCCACCCAAAAAUUUUAAGUGGGAUGCCCGAUUCGCGUCCCGCCGCCCUGGAGCCAUCGAGCUUCACUGACCCCAGAACGCCUGAACGGCAAGAUCUGGAAUCGGGAGUCAUGCCAUACUGCGAGAAAAGAUGAGGCUGUAGGGCGACAACUACAAUAAAGAAAGUUGGUUGUGGCGCAGCUGCAGCUGCAGCCUGCGAGAAGGGAUACCUCACUGAUAUUCGGCCGGCUUCCCCCGCUUUCCUCCGUCGCAACUUUAUAUCUUCUCAAAGCUGCUAUAUUUCUUUGGAGAAUGUGUCGCGUACAAUUGUGAUGAUCUCCGCCGAUCCUAACUCCUCUUCCUCUGGGUUCCACAACGCAUCGCUAAAAUGAGGAUUUUGCGAACGAAAUUUACGCUGCGGAAGCAGCACCGGACUGGUGACAAUUCGCCGGAAAUUCAUCAACAACAAGAGACAACCCGCGGCGACGGCCUACCUGAUCAUCCAUGGCCUCACGAGACAGACCUCGAGACACCUCUUCAGAGCAUUCUAGUUCCCGCCUUCCCGGAUGGAGUUGAAGUUCUGCACGACUGCCCCGACGCUACAAUUGACAUCUGCUUUGUCCACGGUCUGAGUGGCAACCGGGUCGGCACAUGGACCGCCAAAGGGCAGUCCAAACCCUGGCCCGAGACACUCUUGCCACUCAAGCUCAGCAGGGCUCGCAUACUCACGUACGGCUACGAUGCGUAUAUCGUACGGAAACCGGUCGCAUCGACAAAGGGGCUGAUCGAUCACGCCACGAACCUCUUGAAUGAUCUGACGACGGAAAGAGCUCGUUCUAAUGCGUCCUCUCGACCGUUAGUCUUCAUCGCCCACAGCUUGGGCGGCCUCGUUUGCAAGGAAGCCAUUCUUCUCUCCCGAAACAACCCCGAACCGCAUCUCCGGGGUAUAUUCGACUGCACCAAGGGUAUCAUAUUCCUAGGUACACCUCACAGGGGAUCUUGGAUGGCCGACUGGGCUAGGAUACCAGCUUCGGCCCUUGGGAUUGUCAAGUCCAUCAACAAGUCGUUAUUGAAGAUCUUAGAGACAGACGACAAGUACCUCCAGUCCGUUCAAGAUCGGUUCUGGUCUAUGGUGCGGGAACAGCAGCAGGCCGGCCGGGAUCUCGAGGUUACGUGCUUCUUUGAGGAACUGCCCUUGUCUGGGGUUGGAAAAGUCGUCUCCAAAGACUCGGCUACCCUUGAAAGUUACAACGCGAUCAGCAUCCACGCUAACCAUAGGAAUAUGGUUAAGUUUAGCUCGGUCGAUGACAAUGGAUUCAAAAGGCUGCUUGGCGAGCUGAUUAGAUGGGAAUCACAAAUCAGAAACUCAGCUAUCAGCCAACCUACACGAUCUAUAGAAGAAGCACAGAUAAAAAAGCCAGCCAAUUGGUACUUUAACAACUUUGGCUCUGGUGACCAAAUCAAUGCUCCCGGCGUCACCGUGAACAUGAGCACAGGCGAUGGUAAUCACUUCCCUGGAGCUACUUUCUACGGCCCGGUGCACUUUUGAGGGGUACGGAAGCGGCGUUCUCGAGAGCAGGUCGUCUGAAGAUAUAUGGGCAGAGGUCGAUCGAGGAGGCUGCGAAUCUAAUCCUAGUUUUUUUAUUUUAUUUUUAUUUUAGUUUACCUAAAAUUAUAACAAACUAAAGCCUUACAAUAAAUACAAACAUUUAGUGAUACACCUAA